AUGGGAAACAGGGUCGGAAAAUUGAGCUUCUGCUGCGCCGGCGACUCCGGCGCGAUUUCCCGGCGGAUUAACGACGUGGGCCAGCUUCCGUUGGACCCCCCGGACGAGGGCUUCGGCCACUCGUUCUGCUACAUCCCGCCGGACCCGCACCAGGCCCCGGCCGAAUCGACACCCGCCGCCGCCGGAAUCCAAUCACAGAUGACGCCGUUCCGCACAAUAUCCGGAGCCGCCAUCUCCGCCAACGCCUCCACUGCCCUCUCCACCACCGCCCCCCUCGCCUGCACGGCCGCUGACAAGGCCGCCGCCUUCGAGAGCUCCGAUUUCUUCUCCUCGAUCCCCCUCCAGCCCAUCCCCCGGAGCUCGGCCUACACGGCGGUGAUGUCUGGCCCGAUUACAAGAAACCCCUGCCCCGGAUCCGGCCCGAUCGAGCGUGGCUUCAUGUCCGGCCCGAUCGAGCGUAGCUUCAUCUCUGGCCCGCUCGAUAAUCAUCACCCCGUUCAGCUACACAGGUACAAGCCCAAAUCAAGAAAAUGGCCCACGGUUAAAAGUCUGAAAAAAUUGAUGUCUAAAUCUUUCUGGGAUUUCACCAAGGAGUCGAAAAACAACGAUAAUAACAACGAAAACGGUAAUAAUAACAAUAAUGUCGUUUUGAGUUCGAGCAAUGGUAGUGGCAAUAGUAGCACAACAACAAGCAAUAAUUUGAGUAGUGAUAACAUGAGCUUGAUUGAUGAAAAUGAUGAAUUUGGGAAUGUAUCGUUCGGGAGCCAAAACGUGCAGUGGGCACAGGGGAAAGCCGGCGAAGAUAGAGUCCACAUCGUGAUCUCGGAAGAACACGGGUGGGUUUUUGUCGGGAUUUACGACGGGUUUAAUGGUCCCGAUGCCACCGACUUUCUCUCGAGUAAUUUAUAUUCUAAUGUUCAUAAGGAGCUUAAAGGGCUCUUAUGGUGCGACAAGGUUGAAUCUUGUGAGAACACGGUUGAUAGUUCGUUGUUAGUGUCGAGGAGUUUGGAUAGCAAGGAGAGAGUCGAGCUCGAUAGGAAAUUAAGGGAGAAAUUGAGCAAUUUGGGGUCGGAUGGGAUUGCGACCGUGAAUCACUUGGGAGUUUUGAAGGCGUUAUCCGAGGCUUUGAGGAAAACCGAGGCUUCGUACUUGGAGAUAGCUGAUAUGAUGUUAAUGGAGAAUCCUGAGUUAGCUUUGAUGGGUUCUUGCGUGCUUGCAAUGGUAAUGAAGGACGACGAUGUUUACUUGAUGAACGUUGGGGAUAGUCGAGCGGUUUUGGCUCGGAAAAAGGCUGAGAAUGAAUCUCAUUGUGGGAAACUGGGGAAAGAUUGUGAAGAAUCUUUGUACGGUUAUGAGUAUGACAACGUACAUCAUUUGAGUGCUCGGCAGCUUACGAUGGAUCAUAGCACAUCGGUCAAGGAGGAAGUAAGAAGGAUUAGAAAUGCGCAUUUAGACGAUCCUUGUGCAGUUGUCAAUGAUAGGGUUAAAGGUUCACUGAAAGUCACCCGGGCGUUUGGAGCCGGCUAUCUCAAACAGCCCAAAUGGAACAAUGCGCUUCUGGAGAUGUUCAGAAUCGAUUAUAUCGGGAAUUUGCCUUACAUAACUUGUUCGCCAUCUCUUUGCCACCACAAAUUAGACCCAAAGGACAAAUUCUUGAUAUUGUCCUCCGAUGGCCUUUACCAGUACUUCACGAACGAGGAAGCUGUCUCGGAAGUCGAAACUUUCAUAUCAACAUUCCCCGAGGGUGAUCCAGCUCAGCAUCUCGUUGAAGAAGUUCUAUUUCGUGCUGCUAAGAAAGCUGGUAUGGAUUUUCACGAACUGCUCGACAUCCCACAAGGCGACCGGAGACGGUACCAUGAUGAUGUCUCGAUUAUCAUUAUUUCGUUCGAAGGAAGGAUAUGGCGUUCGUCCGUGUAA